CUCCAUUUCCAGAUACUGCUUAUUUAUGAUUUCUGAGGAGAGAGCCGGCAGGAGGCAUAUGUCUUUAGGAGAACACUAAAAUCUGUGUCCAGAGGGCUCAACCAGAACUUUCGAUAUGGAGCUAUCGCAAGCCAUGCUGUGGCUGAGGAGAGGUGAAAGGCGAGAGUGAAGAGUUUUAUCCACUGCUACGCCGCUUCUGAUGUGGUAGCAACUUUGGCACACACCAGGGACUUUGUGAAAAUUGCUAUUGGUGCUCUUUAUUAUUCGAAUAUCUGGUGACGGUGGGUGGGAUCCCAGAUCCAGACAUCACCCGUGGGUGAGAGAACUCCUCGCGGGCCCAUCACAGGUCUUUUCCUGCCUGGAUCCUGCUGGAUGUGUUACUGAGACCUGGAGGCAGAGUUACAAACUUCCCAUGGAUCCCAACAUCCAGGGGUCUUUCCUGUUCAAUAACAGCCUGAACCAAUUCCCCUCAGACCUCAAGGCACCGGUGUGUCAGUAUUCAGUGCCCAACUCUUUCUACAAGCUCAACCCGGCCCUGAACAGCCAGCUGCAGGCAGGGACGCCUCACGGCAUCAGCGACAUCCUGAGUCGCUCCAUGGUAGGGGUGGGCUCCACGGGUACCACCACCCUGCUGUCGGGAUACUCAUCCAUGGGGGGAUUCGGCCCCUCCGUCACCAGCACGUCCAUGUACUAUAACCGAGACUACAACUCCUCACUGGGCAGCUUCUCCAAGCCGGGCGCCGAGUGCCCCAUGAAGGCUCGCAGUGUGAGCUGCUGGGCAGAGGGCAGCUGUGACUGGAGAGGAGGGAGGCAGCAGUGCACCAACAGCAGUGGUCCUCUCGUGGAGCUGUCCGGCAGGAAGAAACACACCAGACCAACAUUUAGUGGACAUCAGAUAUUUGCUCUGGAGAAAACGUUCGAGCAGACCAAAUACUUGGCCGGACCUGAGAGAGCGAGACUGGCUUAUUCCCUGGGAAUGACUGAAUCGCAGGUUAAGGUGUGGUUUCAGAACCGACGCACCAAGUGGAGGAAGAAGAGCGCCUCGGAGCCGAGCUCCACGCAGGCCAGCCACACGGGGCAGGCCGGCGAGGCCUCGGAGAACGAGGUGGAGGACGAGGAGUACAACAAGCCCCUGGACCCCGACUCUGACGACGACAAGAUCCGACUGCUGCUGCGCAAACACCGCAGGGCUUUCUCCGUCCUGCGCCUCGGGCCACAUCACGUCUGACACACUACGUGCAAAUGACGCACACACACACACACACACACACACUUACACGCGCCUCUCUGCAGACCUGCAUGAUUAAAUGGAGGGGGGGAAAGGUUAGUUUUGCAUAUAAAGUUUAAUCAGUGGGCAGUCAAGCAUGUUCAGAACAGGUCAUUUGUCAAAUAGACAAACCGGCUGAAAAAAAGAAGCUAAAGAAAUGAUGUUUACUUUUAUAAGUAAGAAAUGAUCUCCGGCCUGGUUAAUGUUACAUCGAUAUGUUGGGGAAUUGUGUCAUACACUUCAUUUUGUAAAAACAUUUUAAAAAAAUAACUGCAUGAUGCUAUUGGUAAUCCUAAUGAAUAAACAAGAGAGUAACCUGACGUUAUUCGUGUGUUCUCCUUUUGAACAGCUGAAGUUGUUUGUGAUCAUUUUAAUUUCAAAAUUCAACGGAAAAGUGCCGUGCCAUAUGGUAAAAUAACCUAAUGAGACUUUCUUAAUUCAUCAUAAACCCGAUCUACUUGCAGACUUUAAAGAGCAAAUGUGGCAAAUAUCCUUAGCCCUUCAAUUAAAACUUCAGAAAAUACAUUUUAAAUUGAAAAAAAAGGAUAAAUCUGUAAGGAAAGUAAUUUCAGGACAUAUGCAUAUGUAACAUAUUCAUUUGCGUUUAUGUGCUGAUUAAAGGCAGGAAUAGAUUUUUAGUGCAUAUACAUUAUAAACAUUAAAUCAGUGCAGAGAAGAAGUAGGUAAUGGAAACAUUUAUAGGGGAUAAGGACUGCUCACAUGUUAU